ACCGACAUCGUCCCGGCGAAAAGGGAAAGCUCCAGGGGAAACCGACGGUACCGACGGAACCGACGGAUGCGAAAGAGCCGACAGACUCACGAAGCUCGUCUGUCAGAGGAAAUCAUGAAGCAAAAGCAAAUCAGGCAGCCAGAAGCCAAGGAAGCAGCGACAGGCGGCAAAACAAAUUUAGUGUAACAAUAGCAACUGCCGACGACGCAACACGGAGUACGGAAAAGUGAGAGUUUGCCGUGGAGUGCGCGUAUAUAUAUGUACCCCGACUUUACGCAUCCGGGGAUGCUGUGCGUGUGCAGGCGUAUAUGCCUUCCUUAAAUUAUAAAUAAGCGACUGGCAAAUGCCGCGUGGAUAUAAUUAAAACUCUUUCUGAGGCACAGACAAACGACAAGCGGCUCCGAUGCUGGAGAACUUCAUGCGAUUCAUCUAGUGGAUUGGAACGAGCCGGAAAGCAAUAUAAGGAUAAACUUUUACGAAGGCAAUUUCGACGAUAGGCAGGACUUCACAGGACCAAGGACAUUCACAUCCUGCCCCAUCAUGUACGGAAUGCUGUACGAGAGCGUGCAGCACUAUAUCCAGCAGGAGUAUGGCAUGGAGACCUGGCGAAAGGUCUGCCAGAUUGUCGACUGCAAGCAUCAGAGCUUCAAGACACAUCAGAUCUAUCCGGACAAGCUGAUGCCGGACUUUGCGGCAGCCCUGUCCGCCAGCACGGGCGAGUCCUUCGACUUCUGCAUGAACUUCUUCGGGCGCUGUUUUGUGCGAUUCUUCAGCAACUUCGGCUACGACAAGAUGAUCCGCUCCACAGGGCGAUACUUCUGCGACUUCCUGCAGUCCAUCGACAACAUUCACGUGCAGAUGCGUUUCACCUAUCCCAAGAUGAAGUCGCCCAGCAUGCAGUUGACCAACAUGGAUGACGAUGGGGCUGUGAUCCUGUACCGCAGCGGCCGAACUGGCAUGUCCAAGUACCUGAUUGGCCAGAUGACCGAGGUGGCCAAGGAGUUCUACGGCCUAGACAUGACUGCCUAUGUCCUGGAGAGCCAAAAUGACAUAUGCGGUGGCACAGCCGGUCCCAUCAAGCUUACGGAGGGUCCUCUGACCGUGAUUGUCAAGUAUCGGCUGGACUUCGAUAAUCGCGAUUAUAUGGCCAAGCGGGUCAAUGUCAUCGCGCAUCCUUCGCAGCUGAAGAUGCCGUCGGUGGACCUGAAUGUGUUCCUCGAGCUGUUUCCCUUCACCAUUGUGCUGGAUCACGACAUGAAAAUCACACUUGCGGGCGAGAAGAUUGUCGAGACGUGGAUUCUGCAUAAUCCUGGAGUGAACCCAAAGACCUUUAUUGGCAGUCACAUAUUGGAGCGGUUCAAGUGCCGUCGUCCCAAGGACACUCAGAUCCAAUGGGAGACCAUUCUGCAAAUGCGUACAGUUCUCUUCGAGUUUGAGCUCAUCCGUACGGGUCACAAUCGUGCCGCCUAUGAUGCGGCCUUGAACUUUGACUUUGAAAACUUUGAUGAAGCCAGCAGCCUGAACGAGGCGCAGGCCAUGGCUUUGGCCAGUGCCAAGGAGUUUAGUGCGGAGAACGCCAAGGAAGAGGCAGCAGCGGCAGCCACCUCCAAGGACGAAAUCGAUCCCGCCACGGGACAGAGACGCCAUUCGGUGGGCCUCCGAUCUAUCCUGUUGAAGGGACAAAUGUUCUAUAUCAAAGAUGUGGACUCGCUGAUCUUCCUGUGCAGUCCUCUAAUCGAAAAUCUCGAUGAGCUGCAUGGAAUCGGUCUCUAUUUGAACGAUCUUAAUCCGCAUGGACUGAGUAGAGAGCUUGUGAUGGCGGGAUGGCAGCACUGCUCCAAGCUGGAGAUAAUGUUUGAGAAGGAGGAGCAGCGAUCGGAUGAGCUGGAAAAGUCGCUGGAACUGGCAGAUUCCUGGAAGCGGCAGGGAGAUGAGCUACUGUAUUCCAUGAUACCGCGACCCAUUGCCGAGCGAAUGAGAAAGAGCGAGGAGCACGUGUGUCAGAGUUUCGAGGAGGUAUCCGUCAUUUUCAUCGAGGUAAUGAAUAUCUAUGACAGUGGGUCCAACAACAUCCAGGAUGCCAUGCAGGCGGUGACCACCUUAAACAAAGUGUUUUCGGCAUUGGACGAAGAGAUCAUUUCCCCGUUUGUUUACAAAGUGGAGACCGUGGGCAUGGUUUACAUGGCUGUUUCGGGUGCUCCUGAUGUGAAUCCCCUGCAUGCCGAACACGCCUGCGAUUUGGCCUUAAGGGUGAUGAAGAAGGUCAAAGCCCAUGCUCUUCCCGGGGUGGCUAUACGGGUGGGCAUUAACUCGGGACCCGUCGUCGCCGGCGUGGUUGGGAUGAAGGUUCCUCGAUACUGUCUCUUUGGAGACACCGUUAACACCGCCUCGCGAAUGGAGAGCAGCAGCGAUCCCUGGAUGAUCCAGCUGUCCAACUAUACUGCGCUGAAGGUGCAAAAGGUGGGCUAUAAGGUUGAAGCGCGGGGAUUUGUCAAGGUCAAGGGCAAGGGCGAGAUGGAGACCUACUGGCUUUUGGAGGGACCAGAGUAGAACUGGAGACUUGUUUGUCUUGGAAAAUCCAGGAAUAUCACCACUAUGGUAUUGAAAUAUAAAAAACAUAUUUUGAGACAGAAAAUCUUGUAACCCUUUGGAAAUAAUCAGGCUCGAAAACCUCUUAUAUCUAAUGUAUCUAAUAACUUUUUGGUAAUAGUUAACGAACUUUUAAUCCCCUGUAAAGUAUAUGUGGAUCACUAUAAAAAUAAAUUCAAGACACAUUGUAUCUAG